GAUAAUUCAUCCCGACGAAAUUACGAUAUUUGGCUCAGAGAACAACAGUUGAGAGCCAAGAAAGGAGCAAUUGGCGAGAAUAUUUACAUUGACGACACAACGGAUUGUGUCGAGGAAUACUGCAAGUUAGCUGUUUUGAGUAUGCGUAUGCAAUCGAGGGAUUGA